GCUGCUUUUACGGUCUACUGCUGUCGUCUUCAAUCUCUUGCACAAAGCCCGAUUCAUUAUGAACUCACGGGGUGGAAGCGCAACCGCUCUGCGGCGUCUUAUGACCGAGUACAAACAACUCACCUCGCAAGGUGCACCGGAUGGCAUGUUCACUGCCGGUCCCAUCUCCGAGUCUGACUUCUUCACCUGGGAGGCCCUGAUAGUGGGCCCAAAAGACACCCCUUUUGAAGGCGGCGUUUUCCCUGCUAUUUUGACAUUUCCCUCCGAUUAUCCCCUAUCUCCAUUCAAGAUGAAGUUCGACCCUCCGUUGUUCCAUCCAAACAUUUACCCAGAUGGCACAGUUUGCAUAUCCAUCUUGCACACGCCCGGAGACGAUCCUACCAUGUACGAGCAGGCCUCCGAGCGCUGGAGUCCUGUCCAGAGUGUAGAGAAAGUCAUUCUGAGUGUGAUAUCGAUGCUUGCAGAGCCAAACUUGGAAAGCGGCGCGAACAUCGAUUGUUGCAAACUCUACCGCGACAACCGGGCUGAAUAUGAACGGAUAGUCAAACAGUCCAUUCGCGAACAACUCGGGUUAUGAUCCGAUGUCGAACGUCCUACUCGUACGCAGUAAACCUUUCGGUCCUUCGAACCAAGCACGCCAAGGGCGUAAUUAGUGCGGCUCAGACGCCCAAUCACUCCAGCGCGCAUCUUCCGAUACCUUUUGGCGUCUCCUGUGGUCUUUCCGACGGCUCCACAUGCGUAUUCAAUGUUCUAUGAGGCCCUUGGCAGGGUGACUACAGUACUGCAAUGUAACAGUAUCUUCACAUCAGGAAACCACCCUGUCAUGCC